AUUCGUUCCAUUACCGUCGAAUUUACAACGUCUUAUCAGCAAAACAUGGAAGGGACCACGUUCACAGUCUAUCGUCUGCUGGACAUGACUGGUAUUUCCCCAAUACAUGACCGUGUACUACUCAGUCUCUGACGAAGUUACAAUUGAAUAUUGAAGAACAAGAAAUGGGCCAAGCUCUCGACCUCUACACUCGGACGUUUACUGGAGACACUUACUUCAAGGCCAAACUAGGCGGCGACUUCUCCUUGCUUCCCAUUCUUGGGCGGGCUUCAUUACGGGCAGCUCUGCUGGAAGGAUACGUCUACGCAGCCAUUGAAGAUAAACAUUCCGAUCGAAUUAUCUCUAUGGGAAUAUGGUUCGCACCUGGGACAAGACCCUUCGCGACGGAAGCACAACGUUCCUUAGGCUACGAGGAUUGGCUCAAGAAGCUCAGCCCUGAAGCGGUGAACUGGAAUAAACAUACUGUUUCUGACGUUAAGAAACGAUUGUUAGAGCCGAUGUUCACCGCUGAGGAAUUGAGAAAAGGAUGGUGGUGUUCAAGCCUAUUCACGGAUAUCGACCAUCGUCGUAAAGGAUGUGCAAGAGCUAUAGUAAACAAAGUCGCGAAGCGUGCUUCGGAUGCGAACGAAUUCCUCGCACUGAUUACCUCUCUCAGUAAUGUCCUCAAUUAUGAAGCAAUGGGUUUCGAGCAGAGGGGGACGUACAUAUUGCCGACACUAUUCGGGGAUAUUGCCCUCUAUGUCCUUACAAGGGAUGACAAGAAAGAUCAAACUCACACACAUCGCGAUAGGCUUACUUCUUAAAUGAUCCCUCUUGUCCUUUGACCAUUUAUAUUACCCCCUAUACUUACCUUGUUUGACUUGAUUCUACUCGUCUCGAUUUCACGAUUUCACAGUGAUUUCGGAUAAUGACUUA